CCGUAAGUAUAUUGAUUCUUAUUCUUCGAUCUUCUUUUUAUGAUUUGGUUCACCUUAAUUGCAUUAGAUGGAAGUGAAGAAACUCAAAAUUUCGUCUUGUUUGAUUGCUUUCUUGAUAAAGUAUUGAUUUUUAUCUUUGUUUUUUUGUUAGGGUUUGAAUCUUUUCGUCAAUUUUCUAUCUGGGUUUUGUGCCAAUCGAAGGAAUAAGUGAAUCGUCGUCUUGGGUUUUCUCAAUUAGGAAUAAAGCUUCCUCCUUUAGGGUUUCUGAAUUUACUUAUCGAAUUACUAGUUGUCGUUGAAGAAAGCAGAACUUGAUUAUAGUGUUGAGUGAUGGAUGAUUCUUGGAGUUACGGGAGAAGCGUUUUCAUGUCAAAUGAAACUCUUUUACCUUGUGAUUCUUUUGCUGAGAAUAGAAGAUUUGAACAUAGAUUCUCUAAUGAAUUGAGGAAUGAUGAUGAUGUGUUGAUUUCUGACAUGGCUGGUAACUCCAAUGGAUUCAGUGCUGUUUCUAUUACUAAAGUGGUUCCUGAAGAGGAGGAGGAGGAGAACCAAUCUUCUUCUUCAAAGUUGUCUAGUCAGGAAUUGAAUAGGAUAGAUUUCAAAAUUAGGAGCUUUUUGGAUUUAGGAAACGAUGAUGAUGAUACAUCCUCUAGAGGUUUUUCUUUGCCAGCUAAAAAGUCUCGAGGUUCAGUCUUGUGCUCUCAGAAUCCCUUGUGUCAAGUUUAUGGGUGUAAUAUGGAUCUGAGCUCUUCGAAAGAUUACCACAAAAGGCAUAGAGUUUGCGAGGCUCAUUCGAAAACUUCCGUGGUCGUAGUUAAUGGUCUUGAACAGAGGUUUUGUCAACAGUGCAGCAGGUUUCAUUUCCUCUCAGAAUUUGAUGAUGGCAAAAGAAGUUGCAGAAGGCGAUUAGCUGGUCACAAUGAACGAAGAAGGAAACCUGCAUUCUAUUUCCUACCGGGUAAGCGUCAUAAGCUUCUUCGCACCUCUCAAGGUGUAGUAGGCAACAAGUUUCUGGAGAAUUCAUCGUUGGUAUUGCCAGAGUCAUUUCCUGGUAGUCUUUUAUACCGAGUAAUAGAUGACGAUGACCACCGUGCAAGUAGACUCGUGAGUUUCAAAGAUGAACCUACUUGCUCUAUGUUUCCUGCUAUUGGGCAAAACAGCAGCACUUAUGAAUCUAAACCAGCGAUUUAUUCAGCGGAAGCAUCCUCUAUUUGGGACUUACAUGAGGCGGCAACACGCUCUACUUGUGCUCUCUCUCUUCUGUCAGCUCAGUCCCAACAACACGUGUCCGAGAUUCCAAACACAACGUUCUCAAUCACCCAACCCAACCAAAAUCUCAAUCAGUCAUCACCAAUAGACUAUCAUCAAAUGGAACCGUUCUGGAUCGAUCCUGGCAAGACCAAUUCUGCUGGUUCUAGUUCACGUACUGUAAAAGGACCAUCCACGGUUGAUCUACUGCAACUGUCAUCACAUCUUCAAAGAAUCGAGCAACAGAGGAAUUACAUUGGUGAUGUGAAGCAGGAAUAUAACGAGCUUUAUUUCCCUGGCUCUUAAAAAAAAGGUUACAACAUUCUUAUUCCUUUAAACCGGUUCGAGUUUCUUGAGAGUGUUAUGCACUAUAGGACAAGACAAGCCUGCAUGGUUUGAUUAGUUUAUAAAUUUGGGUGUGGUAAUUAAUUAUUGGAUUGGUGAAAUAGAUAGAGGAAUGAAGAAGAUCAAAUCAUGUUACAGGUAUUAUUGUAAUUUGUAACUGUUGUGUUGUUAUUCAUCAGUCAAUAAUGUUCUGAAGAAAAUUGCUUCAGAUAUCUAUGCCUGUUUCUUUUACACAGCGUUUCAGUCUUUGUUUUUUUCAGACAAUUUGUAUAUAUAAUUGUAAUGAAUAUUCGCUGAAAAA